ACUCUAAUCACUAAAACCGAACCAAACCGCAGAGAUAAAAGUCUAAAAAUUGAACAUUUAUAUUUGAUUUAAUUUUGAUCUUCUUUCUUUCUCGCGCUUUCUCGCAUUUUCCAGGAAAAUUGUAGCGAAAACUAGAUAAUGGCGUUGAGCAUGACUCACCAGAUUGGAAGCAUCGCCGGCACGCCGAUUCCGACGGAUUCAAAGACGGCAGAGUCGACCGCGUCGGUGAGCCCGCCGGCGGUGUGGAAGUCGCCGACGGCGACUCUGCGAUGCAAGGUGAGGAAGUCCGACGGCGGUGACGGACUGUCGCCGCCGCUGAGUCCGUGUAGGUCGCCGGUGCUAGGAGGAAUCCGGCCAGAUCUGUCGGUAGCGUGUCAGGCGUUCGCGACGGAGGCGGUGACGGAGGAGGAGAAGGAGCACAGUGUGGGAGGGAAGGGGAAAGUAGAGGGGAAGGGGAAGGGAGUGCCUGUGUAUGUGAUGAUGCCGUUGGAUAGCGUGACGAUGGGGAACACGGUGAACAGGAGAAAAGCGAUGAAUGCUGCUAUGGCGGCGCUGAAGAGCGCGGGAGUGGAAGGGGUGAUGAUGGAUGUGUGGUGGGGAUUGGUGGAGAGGGAAUCGCCUGGUGAAUACAAUUGGGGCGGUUACACGGAACUGAUGGAAAUGGCGAAGAAGCAUGGGCUUAAGGUUCAGGCCGUUAUGUCCUUUCAUCAAUGUGGCGGUAACGUCGGUGACUCUUGCACUAUCCCCUUGCCCAAAUGGGUUGUGGAAGAGAUUGACAAAGAUCCCGAUCUAGCAUACACUGAUCAAUGGGGAAGAAGAAACUAUGAAUAUAUUUCACUUGGAUGUGAUAAUUUGCCAGCACUCAAGGGCCGGACACCAGUCCAAUGCUAUGCUGAUUUCAUGCGUGCUUUCAGAGACAAUUUCAAGCACCUCCUUGGUGACACUAUUGUGGAAAUUCAAGUUGGGAUGGGACCAGCCGGUGAGCUGCGUUACCCUUCAUACCCGGAACAAAAUGGGACAUGGAAAUUCCCAGGAAUUGGUGCUUUCCAAUGCUAUGACAAGUAUAUGUUAAGUAGCUUAAAAGCUGCUGCUGAAGCUCAGGGUAAGCUAGAAUGGGGAAGCACAGGCCCUACUGAUGCUGGCCACUAUAACAACUGGCCAGAAGACACUCAAUUUUUCCGCAAAGAAGGUGGAGGCUGGGAUGGUCCAUAUGGUGAGUUUUUCCUCACCUGGUAUUCUCAGAUGCUCCUGGACCAUGGUGAGAGGAUUCUCACAUCAGCUAAGUCAAUCUUUGAUAACACUGGAGUUAAGAUCUCAGUAAAAGUUGCUGGCAUUCACUGGCACUAUGGUUCAAGGUCUCACGCUCCAGAACUCACAGCAGGAUAUUACAACACCCGAUUCCGCGAUGGUUACCUCCCCAUUGCACAAAUGUUAGCACGCCAUGGUGCCAUUUUCAAUUUCACAUGUAUUGAGAUGCGUGAUCAUGAACAGCCACAAGAUGCUCUCUGUGCACCUGAGAAGCUCGUGAAGCAAGUGGCUUUAGCAACUCAGAAAGCACAGGUCCCACUUGCCGGCGAAAAUGCGUUGCCACGGUAUGAUGAAUAUGCACAUGAACAGAUCAUCAAGGCAUCACAAUUGAAUGUUGAUGGUAACUCAGAUGACCUAGAGAUGUGUGCAUUCACAUACCUGAGGAUGAACCCACAUUUGUUCCAACCUGAUAACUGGAGAAAGUUUGUAGCAUUUGUGAAGAAGAUGAAAGAAGGGAAAAGUGCCAACAAGUGUUGGGAGCAGGUGGAGAGGGAAGCAGAGCAUUUUGUGCAUGUUACUCAGCCUCUUGUGCAAGAGGCUGCUGUACUGAUGCACUAGAAUUGUUGGUUAUCAUCACGUUACGUUAAUAGGGCUUAGGAGACAGUCACAAGUAGGCUGUGAAAGUUUUAGUAGACCAGCACAGCUCAGAUUCGUGGCUUUGAAGAUGUAUAAUUUUGUAUUAUAUUUCAUGCACUUAAAACUUCUAUUUGUUACCAUUCAUGGUCUGUACCUAAUCAGAAAAUUAUAUGAAAGUUGCUCCACUCUUUUCCUGCA